AUGGACCGAAGCUUGGAUGAGAUCAUAGCGGAACGGCCCCCCUCAAACCGUGGGCAAGCUCGCAACCGUCCUCGACGGAGCAAUGCGCCUCGAAACGGUGUCAAAAAGGUCCUCCUCCUUUUCCUCUCGCACCCUAGCCGUAUCGUGAAGGCAGACAAGCUCCCGGCUUGCUCAUCCUCCUCCCAAGCCAUCGGCGAUUGGGUUCAUGAUAAGUUCGAGGAUGAUAGAAACACUCCUUCCUACCGUGGUAGCCGAGCCCGUCGCCUCGACCGGUAUUCUCCAGAACCGGAACAACCCCAAACCGGUGCCAAACUCCGCGUCACCAAUCUCCAUUACGACUUAACAGAAGAUGAUCUCGAGGAUCUUUUUACCCGCAUCGGACCCAUUAACGCGCUUUCUCUACGGUACGACCGAGCCGGACGUUCAGAAGGAGUUGCGUUUGUGACGUAUAAGCGUUUAGUGGAUGCCCAAACUGCCAUCCGAGAGUUUGAUGGCGCGAACGCGAAAGGGCAACCAAUCACUCUCACGAUGAUGUCUUCCACCUCGGGGAGACCCGCUGGGCGUAAUCCGUUCGACUUUGCUGAAAAGCCAAAAGGGAGCCUAUUUGACCGAACUGAAAAGCCCCACACUCGAGACAGUCGCAGUCUCAGCCCAGAAGCGAGCGAAAACGUCGAUGACACUUCGGGUCGUGUUGGCGGAAGGGGCCGCAGAAGCGAUGUCUCAAAGCCUGCGCCGGAACACAUCGAUCGCUACGUCCCGGGCCAGCGAUCGCCACGGCGACGUGGUGAUGGUGGAAGAGGUAGAGGACGGCGGCUUGGGGAGGUGAAAGACCGUCAAGAGCGAAAUGGCAGUGCGGCAGGAUCUGGGCGGCGAGCAGGGAAUAGGAGGGCAAAAAAGACGCAGGAAGAACUAGAUCAGGAGAUGGAGGAUUACUGGGGUAACACUACGGCGGCCAAUGGGAAUGGUAACGGUGCCGCUGCUCCUGCUGCCACAUCCUUUUCUGCAGCCCCUGCGUCCACCGCUCUGCAUGAUGAUAUUGACAUGAUUGAGUAA